CCGUCCAAAUCCAGAGCGAACCGUAGUUGCAUCAAAAAGCUUGUGAAAUUUCGCCGGAGCUGUUGAAAAUCGCAAGUGGCUAUAUAAUUGGAUUUAAAUUGGUAGAAUUCGAUUCGAAUUCGUGUUUCGUUUCUACAUUGUAUAUUGAGGUGUAAAGAUAAUCAAUAUUUCGACUUGCAUGAAGAAAAUGAUCAGAAUUGACUAGGACCACAUCCCAUCUGACGAACCACGCCCACCCCACAUUCCUUCAAAAAAUCGGCAAUAAUAAUACCACAAAGAUUACACAUUAUGUCGUCCGACUUGGAUCCAACAAUCAUUGAAGGGUGUGCCAAUUUGUUGAAUGAGAUUGACAAACGGAUUCUCGUAGUUUUGCGAGAUGGUCGCACGUUGAUUGGAAUCCUUCGUUCGGUUGACCAAUUCGCAAAUCUAAUUCUUCAUCAAGCCGUUGAAAGAAUUCAUGUCGGAAGCAAUUUUGGUGAUAUUCCUCGCGGAGUCUUUUUAGUUCGAGGCGAUAACAUUACGAUUAUCGGCGAAAUUGACAAAGAGAAAGAAGACAACAGUCCGCUUCAUUCCGUGUCUGUCGAAACAAUUUUGGCCGCUCAACGAGAAGAACAAGAAGAACGCAAGAUAAAGGAUGCUCGUCGAAUUAAGGCAUUUAAGGAACGUGGGAUAAUUAUACCGGAAACAGGAAUUCCACACGAUGAUUAAUCUCUCGUUGAUAUAACAAACUUGUAUUUUUAUGUUUAAUCUGUUUCUCAUCUUCGAAUCUUACUGCUUCAAAUUCGAAAUAAAAUAAAACCAGUGAGAUCAUCGAAAGUUUGAUACUAAAAAUG